AUGUCAUCAAACCCAUCGGAUGCAAAUCUCAUUCUUAGUUUAAAUUUAAUCUCAGCUCAGAUCAAUCGUUAUUUGUCGAUUAUCAUUCUUCUUUUCGGUACUGUGGGCAAUAUUCUCAAUUGUCUUGUUCUAUCUCAAAAAGCUCUACGUAAAAAUCCAUGUUCAUGGCUUUUUCUUGCAUCAUCAAUCACUAGUCUAAUCACUCUUAUUUCUGGUGUUGCUGUUCGAUUAAUGGCGGGAUGGUCAGCAGAUUUAACCGACACGAUUCCAUGGCUCUGUAAAUUUCGAAUUUUUGUUCUAUUUGAUUCAAGAACGAUUGCUUCAUGGCUAAUUAUGUUAGCCACAGUUGACAGAUGGCUUUCAUCAAGUAUUAAGGUUAAUCGUCGUCACAUGAGUACAUUGAAGAAUGCUCAAUAUGGCACACUUCUUCUUGUGCUUCUAUCAAGUCUUAUUUAUGCACAAAUAUUCUACUGUUAUGAGGCCAAUCUUACCAAUGCUCCAUUGAAAUGUUAUGGAAAAACAAUAUGGUGUCGUCUAUUAAUUGAUUUUACGUUUGCUACAGAAGCAAGUGUCUUCAAUGCCGUUGCCGACUCUGACAAACCUAAUCGUCCAUCAAUACAAAAACAAAAAUAA